AUGAAACUUUCGCGGCGAUAUUCUAUCGAUGAUUCUUCUUCAUUCACAUCUGCUUAUGAAGUUUCCUUGAUACAGCAUCCAAAUCUUAUUCGUGAUCGUCAACGCAUCAAAAAAAUUAUAAAGCUAGUUCCUAAAGCAAUAUCAAUCGGGAAAUGUUUUUCUAAUUUCGAUAAGCUCAAUGCAGCAUGCAAUCCAUUUGUUGGUCCAGAGUUACACUCAAAGAGUAGUGAAGAUCCACCCGUUCUUGCUGCAAAAACGAAAUUACGCAGAAUUUAUACUGCAGUCAGGAACUAUUUCACUGUUUACGAUCAAAUAUAUGGUGGCACAUGGUGGCGAAAUAUUAGUGAAAGCACAACACUCAAUUAUGCACAAUGGUUUUCAGCUUUCGAUCGUGCGCGGCAAUAUAACAGUGAACUUGGACACUUUGUAAGUACACGAGAAUAUGACGACUUAACUACAACGUCUGCAGUCCCACUUGGUAUCAAUGUAUCUAAUCUUCUUCUCUACUAUAAUCAUACAAUGGAAGCUUGGAUUUUAAAUGUCACUGUAGAUCCAUCACUACCUUAUCUUGAACUUAAUAGGUUUGUUGAAAAUUUAAAUAAAUACGAUAAUGAUGUGCAAGCAGCUCAAGUAGAUGGCUACGACGAUAUAUUCUCUAGUUUUCAGUGGGCUUUGAAGCAGUAUAACACAGCUGUUGUCGAAAGCAAAAGCCGUCGAAGUGUUUGUGCUAGUGUUAAUAUCCGUAUUUUGCAGAAGGUGACAUUUACACGUCAAGGUUUUUAUGCCGAAUUACAGAUGCAAAAUUCUAAUGAAGUCUCAGAUAUCACAAACAUAAAACUAGAUAUCAUUAUCACUACAUCUGAUGAUAAUAUAAGAGUAGUUAGUCAGCUUUUCAGUGUCAGUGAACCAACGUUUGAUGGUAGUCUAAUGGACGCCAGUGGUAAUGGGACACUUGUUCAUGGUACGUCAGGAAGCGUCAGAUGGUUAAUCAUACCUUAUUAUGAGGCAGCACCAAGUGAAGCGCAAUGGUAUCGUAUUGGCGGAAACCUAUCUUACAUCUUAGAUGAGAAAUUACUAAAUAUAGUUCUCGUUCCUGCUACAGUUCUUGUUCAGCCAAAUGCACGAUUGGAUAUUGCUUAUUUUCUUGAUAAAUACGUUAUCGGUCCAGAUCCCUUGUUAUCUUUAGCUCAACAGCAAAUUUCACAGCCGUUUCUUUUAGCUGUAUUAAUUAGUAACAACGGUCAUGGUGCUGCGAAUGAUUUCCAAAUGCAGAGUGGUACACCAGUCAUCACUGGAAAUCAGAAAAAUCUUCUGAUUAACAUACAAAUGCUGUCGAUGCUGAUCAAUAACACACUUCAGUCAUCACCAAGUUUAUCCGUUGCUCUUGGGGAUCUACAUCCAUUUACAACAACAUCGAUACAAUGGCAAAUGUUAUCUUCACUCAAAGGUGUCUUUAAUUCAUUUAACGCUUCAUAUACGAAUAAAAAUCCGAAUGGCAAUAGUAAACAAUUAUCUCUACUAAAUAGUCUUACAAGCCAUUCUCUGAUUCAUUGUGUAUUGCUAGACAUAUAUUUCGAUCGAAACAAUACAUUGAACGAUGGCAAACUCGAUUAUCUCGUCGACGACGUACCAGAUGCUGAAUUCAUUCCAGAUACCGUUUUCUCUAGUACAAAUGCAACACUAUCAUACAUCGUUUAUCGUAUUUUGAAUGUCAGUUUCAGCACAAAUACUGUCACAGAUGGUUUUAAUACUCGAAUACUUUUAACAGUAACGGCCACACCACUAGAAGUCAUUCAAUCAUUGUCAUUCAUUUAUAUUCUUCUGAAUAUAACGGGUCUAAACGAUAUGAUUGUAAUUUCUUCAAUACGAGCGACCGAUCAAUUGAAUAUUGGCAUUAACACAUGGCUCAGUCAAAAUGACAAUAAUACAAAUACUCUAAAUAUUUUCGAUCGCUCAUUGCAAGAAGGUCCCAAUGUCUAUAAUAUCGUGCUACAAAACGCCAGUAAUGUCAACUCUAGCUACUUCAGUUCUACUCCUCAAAUCAUUUUUCAAGAAACUACAACAAACUCUUUCACAAAUGCCAUAGGUAAUUCUAAUUCAUAUUUCAAUUCUGUUGUUUCUAGCUCACCAACCAUCAGUUCAACUAACUUUUCGUCUUUUAUUGACACAUCUAUCCACUUGCCUACAAAACAUAGAAGCAGUAUUAUGUCAUCCACAAUACCAAAUUAUCUGAAGGAAACUUCUCAAGAUUUAAUAGAUAACACAAGUACUGCUUAUGAAUCAUCAUCGCCACUUGUUACAACUGUCGAAACUAUUACUUCUUCAUUUUUCUCUACUGAUGGUUACCCCAUUUUCCCUUUCAUAAACACGUCUUUUCACGUAACUGUUGAGUAUACCAAUCGUAUAACGUCGUCUACUCAAUCAACCGAAAUGAAGGAGAUUUCUCGUCCGUCAGUUGUAAGCUCUAGUAUUGCCCACCAACCAUCAUCAUAUUCAGCCGCAGCAACUAAUACUUCGUCACCAUACUCGUCGGACAGUUAUCCAACAUUUACUAGCACCAGCUCACUAACCAAUAAAGAAACAACCCUAGUUGAAAACAUACAAACGGCUACCACUACUUUGUCCGCGGGAUUUUCAUCUAUCGCCUCAACUAGUAGAAUAGUAUCGAUAUCACCACUGAUCAUUUCAUACAUUCUCUUUCUCUUCCUGUCCAUUCUUAUCAAUAUUAAUUCGACUGAUCACUAUGCGAUUGAACAACAACUUCACAACAAUAUUGAUCUAGCAAUAAAAUUAUCCGACAGAAAACAGUUAAACUUCUCAAUGAAUGAAAAAGAGUCAUCUAAAAUCUCACAGUAAUUCUACACAUCAUCAAUUCUAUUCAAUAUUCACACACAGUAGACCAUCUACACUGCCGGACAAAAGUUUAGGACUUUUUAUUUUUCUUCUUUUUUUCGAACAAUAAGCGAUAGAAAUUUGAUUUAAGAAGUGAUAUAGACAGUAUGAAAGAAGGACUACUAAAUGCGCUGUGGGAUGCGGCUAGAUCUUCUAACUGCAGCUUUUAAAAGUUAAAAAAAGAUUUUUAGGUGAAAAACGUUUUUUUUGCCUUUUGUAUUUUGCUGUUUUUAACCGAGAGUUUUUCCCUAAAAAAAUUGAAACCUUGAUGCUUCGAUAGAGAAUUUCACGAGCUAUUCACUGCUAAAAAGAUUUUGGACUUUUCUCUCUAUUUUGGCCACCUAAAGUCCGUUUUAUUGAAUCCGACCGCAAAAACUCGAACAAGAGCCAUUUAUUCCGUUAAAUUAAAUCCUAUCUCAAUGUAUUAUACACUAAAAGAAAGAGCAUAAAAAACGGCACAAGAUGAUGUAUUUGAAGUUUAAAAAUAAUCAGAUUUUCAUAGAUCUUUUUAAAGGAAAAGGUUUUAGAAAAACUGGCCAACCUUCUUUUUUUAAAACUUUCGUCAUGAAAACUAAACUUUUUUAUUUUUAAAAUUAGUUAGAUAAAUAGAGCACAAAAUUCUGCACAAGAAUAUGUCUUUCUUGAUUUCAUUCAUCGUCACAUCUUAAAGUUGUAAAAUCAAAAAAUUUCAGUUCAGUUUGAUAGAUGUCGCCUUUUGCCAGUGUGUUUCACUGGCAAAAGUGUUUUGCUUAUAACUUGGUCUGAAAAUGGCCUACAAAGCCAGAAAAGGUCUCAUUUUGUUCAGAAUUAAAUCGACUAGAAGUUCACAAAUUAAAAACAGAAUAAGCCGGAUUAUAAGGUUAUAUAAAAACGACAUUUUCGUAUGAGCAGAGCAAAGUGUUUAGCAAAUUAUUUUUCUUUUUUUUUCUUUUUUGUUUAUGGUCUAUCAUCGAUAAAAAAUUAGAAGAAACUCCCAUUCGUUCUGUACAAGAUUUGAAACAACGUCUAUCAGAAGAAUGGAAUAAUCUAUCGAUGCAUAUCAUUCGAGAACUAAUCGAGAGUAUGCCAAAGCGUGUUGCUAAAUGUAUCAAGGCACGAGGAGGUCAUUUUCUUUUGCGAAAUUCCUUUUUC